ACACGUUUCUCGUUCUCUUUUUUUCUAUUUUAUUAUUUGGCUUAUCGUGAAAAUAAUCGAGUGCAAUUUUAUCAGGAGUAUAACAAAGUUCACGACAACGCGAUAGAAUCGUGCGUAGCCUAAAUAAAGGAUCAUUUUCCUUUCUUUACGGCGUAAUAUUUUCAAGGCUGUUUUGUAAUCCUAUGGUUCGAAAUAUCAAGUCAAAAGAUACUGUCUUCCUUUUUUAACAACAUUUUAUCGAAGUUAAUUCAUAUUUUUAUAAAUACGUCGAUUUUAUAUCGUGCACGUUGAUUUUGAUCGGCAAACAAAUCGUGUUAUUUGUGUAUCAGGCUACAAAAUUAUCUUCACAAGCAGCAUAUGGUUGUUGCGAUGCAUAUCAAGUGUGUGAAAUUAAAUGAUAGAAUAUGUUUAUCGUAGUUGUCGUGUAAUGUGAAUAUCAUAUUUAAGAAUAGAACGUGAGAAAAUAUUCGUUGAUACGUGACAACCGAAAUAGUCUUUCAAAAGAAAGUGUUGCUACACGAGUGAGUUAACGAUAGUAGUAACCAGUAGUAGCAGUGGGUAUUGCCGGGCCUUGCGAUUACUAACUCGUGCGAAAACAUCGUCUUACCAGUAUCAUAUCGUCUUUGCUGGCGCGGAGGUUAUAUAAUUUCGACGAGCGGUCUUUUCGUUUGCAAAGCACGAGGAGGUGUCCAUUCAUUCGAAUAGCCAUCGUUGCUCUUUCAAGUAUUCGCGCCAUACAGGCGUAUAUACAUCGACGAAGAGAACCUCGUGUAUCGCUUCCUCGCAUGUUGAGAACGAGAGUGGAUAAGAUCGCACAGUGGGCAAUCACACCGCUAAACAUGCGCUCAAUCAUCACCAUUUCUUACCAUCACUAACAUAACGGUCGUAGGAAAAAUUGGACCAGACACUAGAACGACACGCAAGACGAAAAUGUCCACGGUGAUAGGCGUGCCAGUAUCGUUGGAAAAAGAAGAAAAACUUACAUCAGGAAGAAUGGUUUCGAGAUAUGGCGUCUCAAAGGAGGGCGCAGUGGGUGUUGCCGUAGGUGUAGGACCUAUGCAUUGUCCCCUACCACACUGCGGAGGGCCCCAUCACCAUCACCACCUUUCGGCCCCACAUCCCCAAAAUCCACAGCCAGGUCACAAUCACCACGUGCAUCCGGCCCAUCAGCCAUCACCCUCACCGAGUCCCCACUUGAAUCAUCAGCUGAGCCAUCAUCAAUUGACUGUCAAUAUUAACCACCUGAGUCAUCAACAGCAACAACAGCAACAAACUCAGCAUCAACAAGCACCGCCGCAGUAUCGAGUCGUCACUGCAAACGCCAGAUCAGACUUUCAUGUAUCUGGACAAAAUUACGGCACCCAACCAGGGGGGCAGGUGGGAGGGGGAGGGGGUAGCGUAGGAGUACCUGGGGGCAGAGGACCUCCACCACUCGGCGGUUUACAGUCCAUAGGACAAUCAGCGGCAGGAAUACCGCCAGGAGGUCCUGCUGGGGGACAAGCACCGCCUCAAACCCCAGCACCUGGGGUACAGUCACAACAGCAGCAAGGUCCGGCACCUACUACAACACCCCCCGUACAUACCCCCUCACCACAGGAAAUGGGAAAACAAGCUCAUUUGCAACCUCAGUCACAACCUCUAUCACAAGUAUAUGGGCCAACACAAACGAGGCCAACAUCACAAGGUUAUUACCCAGGUCCAAGACCACAACAACCAAGGGGUAUUAGUCAUAGAGGUGGUCAAGGAGGUGCUGGUGCACAGGUAGUGGGAAUGUCCGGAGUUGGUGGAGGUGGAGGUCAACCAACUGCGAUUUUUCAUCCAGGUGGUUUGCCAGUUCAAACUGGAACAAUGUAUCCAGUUCCCAAUCUUCAUCCUAGUCCUCAUCAGCAGCCCGUAUACGCAAUGAACAAUCAAAUACCCCUUCAGGUAGCAUUUGGUGGGCCACCACAGAGACAUCAAACGCAUCAAAAUCAGUCAUAUUUCCCACCAUUUCAACACUCUGCCAUUUUAACGGCACAAAAUAUAUUUGGAUAUGGUACCCCCCCAACACCAACUCCACAACCUUAUUAUUGGGGCACUGGGCAACCAGCAAAUACGCCACUAAGUUUAAAUAGGGCAGGUGCAAGUGCUGUUACUGGUGGGGCGCAACAUGUUGCAGGCCCGCUGGCCGGUGCCCAAGGAGCCCCAGUAGUACCUCAAGGUACACUUCAGCAACCUACGCAACAGGCUCAGCCUUUACCUCCAAUAGGUAUAUCUCUUUCUCAGACUGAUGUGUACUCAGGCCAUAAUGGUGGUGCAAGUUCGACGAAUAGUACGACAAAAUCUCGGAAACCAAGAGGACAAAAUGCUAUUACUGAUAUUGUAGAUCCUUCAACUGGUAAAAAUAUAAGUCACGAAAUUUACAAGGAUAAUGAAACAAUUCAAAGUGGUGAAUCUAGCAAUCGUGAAACACCUCAGUUACAAAACAAUAAUGCCGAGGUGCAAGCCGACUUUGCAGCCCAAGUUGCAAAAACUCUUACAAUAGUCGCAACCGAAGAGUCUAGUCCUGACUCUACGGUACCGACCUGUGUAUCAAACACAUCUUCUACAUCUCAAAAUAUAACACAAAGUUUGUCGAAUUCUCAAACAAAUUCUAAUAAUGAUGUGAACAGCCAGUGUAGUACCAGUUCACUUGCAUCGCAGAAUGUAUCUAAUGUAACCGCAUUGUGUAGUCAAUCGCUAGGUACUACUAAUAACGUGGCUCAACUAGACUCUUGUGUAGUGAAAACUGAGUCUAAACCAUUGCAAAUUCCUGCGAAGGAAUUUCAACCCCGUGGCGAAAUAAAAAAUGUGGUGAUGGAGGAACCAGCACCACCGCCUGCAUCGCGUAAUGUAAAUAAGGAUGAUAUUUCUGCGCAGCUACUCUCCGCAACUGCAACUGAAGUUGAGGCGAAGAGUACGAGUGUCCCAUCUAUCGCAACACAGACAUCAGUUCCCCUUGUGACUCCCGUAUCAAGUACGAACGUUCCGGAGAUCCCAAAACCGUCCGCCACUGCCCCCAGUGUUAAUCCCGUUCCUGCCAGAGAAAUAUUCCCUAGCUCAUCCAAUAAAAAUUCAUCGAGUUCACCACCUAGAAGAAAAUCUCAAACUUAUACUCAUAAUCAAUCUGCUACUGCAACAGAGCUGCCUUCCAGUGCCAAAGAACAAAAAGAAAAGAAAACGAGGGAAAAAAGUCUUAGUUCUAGAGGCACUACCCCGACUCCAGCUCACAAUCAAACGGAUCAUCAUCCGAAAACGAACGGAGAUGCGACUGCAGAUAAACCAGAACCUGAGACUGCGCGAACUGAAGUCCAACAGCAAAAAUCAUCCGAUGGUAAAGCCAUGCAGAAACAGAAGAGUAAUAAAAAACUCAAACCCCGUGACCUUAAUCGCAAAGGAGCGGAGAAGGAAGGCACAGAUAUGGAUGCUUUUGUAAACACGAUACCUCCGGCAAAAACUGACGUAAAACAAGACAUUAAAGAACCUUUAGUGGUAAAGGACAGCAAUAAGGAGGCAAGUCGAGAGAUAACAAAAGAAAUCAAUGAAAAAGAUAAUUCUGAAUCGAAAAAGGAGAAAGAAAUCUCUUCUUCUGUUCAUACGAAGACGGAGAAACACUCACCUACGACAUCCGAAAUCCCUAAAGAAAGCACUACUCCUACACAAACACCCAUUAUCGAAAAACUGUCAAGCAACAAAGAAACUGCAAAGGAAUCUUCACCCAAAAUAGAGGAUUCCAAUAAAUCAAAUGCAUGCAACGUGCAAGUAAAAUCAGUUCCUAAUGAUGUCGUGGAUCAUGCGAUAGUUAAAGAGGAGCCUGAUGUGGAAGCAAUAGUAGCACAAAAGAAUGAAGAAAAUUCGAAGGUUUCGGCAGCACGAGUACCUAGCGAGGAAAAAACGCCGCAGGUAUCUCCAGUUAUUGAGAAAUCAGCAGAGAAUGAACCUCCAGCCCAAACGGAAACGACAACACCAGUUUCGAAUCAAAUAAUGUUAAAAUAUAAAUAUAAAGAUGAUCAAUGGAGUCCAAUAAACACGACCGGUAAAAAAGUUUAUGACCGUGAAUUUUUAAUGAGACUUCAGAACGAUCCAAAUAGCAAAAUCAAGCCAUCGAAUCUACCGGAUUUAGAUGUUGUUUUGAAAGAUAGCUCAAAGGCACGUGUUGGUGUUGACCUUAGACCGUUUAAAGAUGCAAACAUGAAUAGACACGAUCUUAUGUUCCCUCUAUUUAUAAACAAACAACCAUCUAAUAUUACACGAGUGCCACUAGCGAAUCGUAAUAAGAGCCAACCAGGAAGAUCAUCGAAGCCAACGAAACCAAAUAUUAUUCAUAUGUCGUUAUCUCUCAGGGAAGAUGUAAAAUUGAGGGAAACAGAAAAUGCAUGGAGGCCAACAAGAUUAAAAGGUACUAGUCUUAGCGAGGAAGAGGCAAAGACAGAGGCUCUAUAUAAGAGAGUCAGAAGUGUAUUAAACAAACUCACACCUCAGAAAUUUAGUACUUUAGUCGAUCAAGUACGAGCACUAAAUAUUGAUACUCCAGAGCGUUUGCAAGGUGUCAUUAAUUUAGUUUUUGAAAAGGCUGUUGAUGAACCAAGUUUCUCAGUAGCAUAUGCAUUAAUGUGUAAAGAAUUAGCUAUGAUGGAAGUCUCAGGUGGGGACAAAAAUUCUGAGAGACAAGAAGGUUCAUUUAGUUUCAAAAAGCUCAUCAUUACUCGUUGUCAAAAUGAAUUUGAAAAGAAUCCGGUGAAUGAAGUGGCAAGAGCUGCUAGACUUAAAGAAAUCGAUGAAUGUACAGAUCCUGAAAGGAAAAAAGAUUUGCAGUUAGCUCUUGAAGAAGAAGAACGUCGCAUACGUAUAAAAUCCGUAGGAAAUAUACGAUUUAUUGGUGAACUUUAUAAACAAGGAAUGUUAACGACUAAAAUCAUGCGUCGCUGCAUAAAAGAGUUGCUAAAUCAGAAUGAUGAAGACAGUCUAGAAUGUUUGUGUAAAUUAUUAACAACUAUUGGAAAAGAUUUGGAAAACAAAGGACCUGCAGAAGCAAGUGAAAUGCAAGAUUAUUUCAACAAAAUGCAAGAUAUAGUUUCAAGAAGAAACCAAGGAAAAAUUAGCUCCAGAAUUCGAUUUAUGCUGCAAGAUGUUAUAGAUUUGAGAGCAAAUAAAUGGGUCCCAAGAAGAGACGAAAGUAAUCCUAAAACAAUAGAUCAAAUUCAAAGGGAAGCAGAGUCUGAAAGAUUAGACAGCCAAUUGAGUAACACUCCUCUAAAUACACCUCGAAAAGAUGAACGUACCAAUGAUAGGAAAAGGAAUCGUGGUGUUGGUCCAACUGAUGAAAGUGGUUGGAGUCAGCCAAUAAGAACAAGACAGACGUACUCAGUUGAAACAUCAAAGCUUAAAAACAAACCUCCUGCAAUGGAUGACCUACAAUUGGGAAGCAGAAAUAUGUAUAUGUGGAAAACGCCCUCAAAUUGUGGUACAAAAGCAAUAAAUUCAAAUAAGUUUGCAAUGCUAGAAAAUAUGUCAACAUUAGAUCAAGAGAAACGAAUGCCAUCUCCACAACUCCCUGGGUUGAGAUCUACUGGUCCAAGAGAGUAUGGUCGUGACUACAAACCUUCCUAUGAUGGUAGGAGUUCACGCAAUGGUAGUCAUCAGUUAAGCAGUUCGUCGACGAGCAGAGAUAGCUCGUUAUUAGAUAAUUCACAAAGUCAAAACGUUUCUAUACCACCACCAUUGAAAUCCUCACAAUCUACCUCUAAAAGUAACAAACCUCCAAUGAAUGAUGAAGAAUUCAUGAAAACAUUGAACAAGAUAUUAAAAGAUUAUUUGAAAGGUGGUAAUAUUGAGAAAGCUGCAGUAGCUAUUCAGCAGAACUUCGACAGUACGUUAUCUAAAUUUAUACGUGAAUUGAUUAAUUUUGUUCUCGAAAAGUCUCCUCUUGACAGAGAACACGUUUCUCGUCUCAUGUCGCAUUUAAUUAGUCAGAAAAUUUUGCCAUUACAACAUCUAAGAAAUGGGUUCAUUGAAAUACUGGAAUUAGUCGAUGAUCUUUUACUCGAUAUACCCAAAGUUUGGACAUAUUUGUCAGAGGUAUUAGCACAUCCGUUAGAAGAUGAAGUACUUUCUCUAUCAGAAUUGAAACCUGUGUUUGAUAGUUUAAGAAGUCGAGGUUACGUAGGCAGAUUUCUUGGGGAAAUUCUGUCAAAAGUAAACCGAAGUAAAGGACCCAAAUGGGUCGCAGAUAAAUGGGACCAAAGUGGACUUCAGUUGAGCAAUAUAAUUGAUCCAGAACUUGAAGACGCUGAUAAAAUUGUUAAAGAUUAUAACUUGGAGGUCUGCACUGGUGAUUAUAAUAGUGCCAAAAGCUCAACUAGUAAUCAGCCCACAUUACAGCAAAUUCAUAACGAACUUAUAAGACUCAUGAAAGAUAGUAGUUUCGAUGUGAUUUGCAGUUGGAUAAUUGCAACUGUAGGUAAUCGAGUCAAAGAGCCUGAAUUUAUUCGAAUAUUAACGACUGCCAUUUUAGAGACGUCCAUGGAGCCAGUUAACAACAGGUGGAAUUUGAAAACUGAUGUUUUCAUUAAUUUGCAACAAUUGAUUCGCCGGUUCGUUGAUGCAAAUGAAUCUCUAGAGUUGCAAUGCCUUUAUGCAAUUCAACUUCAUUUGCAUAAUUUACAAUAUCCACAUGGGAUUCUCUUUAAUAUCAUGACAAGCUUGUCGGAUUAUAAUAUAAUUUCAAGCGAUGCGUUCUUGACGUGGAAAAAGAGCCCUGAACCAGCCCAGCGUGAGUGGCAUGGUGUCGCGACGAUGGCGCUAACAUCGUUUUUCACUGGUUUACAAGAAGCCGACGAUGCUUCCAGUGUAGAAGACGUAUCAACUAGCGUGAACCAAGACCGUUGUUGACGAUACUGUGAUUGAAUACACUAUCGUCUAUUGAAAAGACUUAAAUAUACGUUCCCUCGUUAAACAAAAAAAGAAGAUACGCGAAGUGAGAUCAAAUUGCAGUUUUUUAAAGCAAAAUGUCGUUUAUGUUGAAAAAAGAAAAACAAUGGAGUGAUAGUAGUGCGCGGGUGUAUGUAUAAUAUAGUCUAGAACUUCGAAGAACAAGAAGUGGAAGAUAAUAAAGAAGGUUGUCAUAUAAAAACGGACACAAUGGCUGAGACCGCUAUACAUAAUGAAGAUAAAGAUUAAUUAUUAAUUAUGAUACAAAAAGUAAAUGCGAGAUAAUUAUUAUAUAUAAUUCAUUGAAAUGGUUUAAAGUUUAAAUAAAGCAAAAAAAAAAACAACUCGAGAACAUUAUCGUAUUUCUUAUGUCUUGUGAAAUGUCACUGCAACUUGUCAAUCACCAAAUAAAAUUGAAAUUUAUGAGUUCUCUUUUGUGCUUAAUAUUGGCAAAUUACAAAACGCUAUUUUGCAUUUCACCAAGCGAUAUCGUAAAACAGCCGGUGUUUGCCGUAUGACUUAGAUAACAAAUUACAGACCGCAGGUGUGUAUAAGUAGGUCAAUUUUAAGUAAAAUAAAUUUGAAAAAGAAAAAAUAUACAGAAAGAAACUAUUAAUAACCAAGUCUGAUUGAAGGGCGACGGUUCUUCCUAUUAUUAUAACAAAAUAUAACAGAAUUACUAAUUUAUAUCUUUGCGAACUUACGAUGUAUUCUACUGUAAGAAAAAAUAAUGUUCGUAAUUAAGAAAGAAUGAGAGUGGAAAGUGAAACAACAUUACGAAACCAAGGUUCGUAGUGUAGGAUAUGUUGAAAUUAGGAAAAUGGAAGGAUACAAAUGGUGUGCAUAUUAAGGCGCUACUAUUUUUUAACACUAGUUAUUUAUAAACAUUGAGAGAACAGAUUAUAGUGCGUGGGAAUGGAAUGUCUGCAUGUAUUCAGGUGGCAGGUGCCGUAGCAAAUUGUAUAAAAUUGUUAUACUAAUUUAAAGUACAGUGUGAAAAAUACAUUUCUUUUGGAUAUACUAUUAUAUAUAAUAUAUAUAUAAAAAAGAACAUAGGAAAUUUGAGUGCAGUUAAGAAAGAUUAUUUUUAUUUAAGUCUAGGAGACAAUUCUACAUUACUUUUUUGGCUAAUGUUUCUCAUGUUAAAUAUAUACUCUCUUUAUUUAAAAAAAGGAAAAACUGUAAUUAUUAAUACUGAGAUAUAGAUUUAUAUUCGGUAAAUAUUAGAUGUUACGAGCCAUAUCUUUCAGUUUUCUUUUCUCUUUUUUUUUUAUGAAAUAUGCGUCGUUGAAGGGAUGUAAGGUUACCAUGCAUUAAAUUUGACUCUGUUAAACAUACAUAUAUGUACGUGUACAUAUGCAUUUAUACGUAUGUACACACGCGCGCGCGCGCACGCACGCACAUAAUAUUACAAAAGUAUACCUCCUUGCUUAUGAUAGAAAAAUCUUUGUUUUGAAAUUUUUACACGACAUACCCCUUUACCUUCGCGGUUUCUUAACUUUAUUAUGUUUCUAACUUUUUUUAUUGUAUCAUGAACUAAUAUACAACUUGCUUGCAUUCCAAAUGCAUGUUUAUGUUUGGCAAUCUAAAAUUAGUUUAAAAGUCAUCCAAAUUUUAUUUUUUAUUUAUAUAAUGAAUUAUGAAACAGUAAGGUAAACUGCAUAUACUUUUUUUUAACAGACGAAACUAAAAAGGAGUAAGGAGGAAGAGCAAAGAAGAAUAAAAUAUAUAUGACCAUUGCUAUUGCUUUUUUCACACUGUAAAAAUAAAAUAUACAUAAAGGACACGAAAGAUAAGCGAAUGAAUUGAGAACAAUGACCUAUAAGAAUUGUCUCUUUGAAAGAUUCCAUUCUACUCUUUAAUAUAGAGAUGUGUGGAUACCCGACAUUUCGGGUUUGAGUCGGGUCGGUUAAAGUCAGUUACGUUCGAAUAGAUACACAAGACAUACAGACCCAACCAUUUCGGAUAGUUCGAUUACAUUCGGGUAAAGUCGGAGAAAGUCGGACGGAUUCGUGCGAAUUUUUAUGAUACACAACUUAGUAUCUAAAUAAUGAUAAUCUGUUUACUCCACCCGAACGUAAUCGGGUUAACCAUGGGUCCGUAGAUUUCGGGCUUGAGCUUCGAUCUGGGCCCGAACCCGAUCUCGAGCUCACCCGGCUUUUUCCGACCCGACUCAACAUAUUCGAUUACCUGCACAUCUCUACCAACGGUAGAAUGUAUCAUUUGACGAGAUGAAACAUAUAAUGUAUUCAAAGCGCAGUAAAUAAAUUACAAUAAUUUAUAUAUUAUUAAAAUUGAAAGAAACGUUGUUGGAAACAUGUCGAUAACUAAAUUAGUAAAAAGAUCAUCACUGUAAAUAUUUAAUAAAUAAAUAUUGUAAGUGAAACUUGGACGGGUUGCAAAGGUAGAAGAGGAAGAUAGCUUUGUUAUGCUGUCUUGAGAUGUUGCACAUGCAUGCGACGCAUUGUGCUCAUAUAGUUGACGUACGAACACGCAUGUAUAUCGCUAAUUUAUACAUAUAUCUGCGUGUACUUACGUAUACAUUAAUAUACAUAUACAUAUAUAAAUAAAAUAUCACUGAAAGCUCCAGUACACCAUACACAGAUACACACAUACACUUCUAUGAUAAAUCAUAUCUAUACGAAAAAAAAAUAAAAAAA